UCCGACUGAAAAAUGAAGCCUAUCAGACCAAAUCCAACACUCUCCGACGAUCUCAUCAGCGAGAUUCUCGUACGCGUGCCAGUGAAAUCCCUAAUUCAGUUCCAACUAGUCUCCAAAACCUGGCUUUCCCUAAUCAAAGACCCGGUCUUCGUCAAAGCCCAACUCCGCCGAGCAAUCAGAAGCGGAUCUGAUGAAACUCUUAUGCUUGUCCGCUAUUCAUGUUCCACUUCGACGGAAAGUGCUAAGCUGAAGUUAUCACUCUUUGACGUUGACUCUCGUCAAAUUGUGUCCGAAACCAGGUAUCCCUAUUCUCAAGGUGAGUCUAGAUCGGUGCCUCGUUUAACACUUGUUGGUUCUGCGAAUGGCAUUGUUUGUUUGGUUCUCUUCGAAACUUCACACCUAAUUAAUAGAUUCUUUCUGUGGAAUCCUGCUACUAGACAAUCAUUAAUAGUUGUUCCUGGUAGGGGCUUGAGUAAACCCCGCGCUCUAGGUUUUGGUUAUGAUCCUGUAGAUGAGGAUUAUAAGAUUGUUAGGGUUGUAUCAGGGCCUUGUCUUCCCGCUGAGGUGUUUUCAGCUAAUAGGAAUGUGUGGCGAGAAGUGCCUGAUCCGAUUGACAGCCCUGAUGACUUCUUAAGUGGCCAUUUCAAUGUGUGUGUUAAUGGAUUUUUAUGUGGUAUUGACAAGGGCGUAGGGAUGAUGGUGUUUGAUUUGAACAAGGAGGUCAUGAAUUGUGCUAUUAAGCUCCCUGUUGUUGCUGCUGGCGGUGUUGGUGUUGUUGGUGAUAAUGAUGAUGACUAUGAUGAGGAGUAUUAUGAUGCUCAGCCUGAAACUCAUAUUAUUGAGCUUGAUAAGUCUAUUGCUGUCAUUACGUUGUGGGCAGAUGCAUUGAAUGGUGAUAGAACUGGUGGGAGAUUGAACAAGAAGAUUAACAUGUGGAUGCUGGAUGAUGAUGCAUGCCUGAAAGGUGGUGGAGUUGAGGCAUCAUGGACGAUAAUGUUUAGUAUUGAUUUAGCGAUGCCAGCAGUACUCUAUAAUGGCUAUUUCAGCAAUGGGGAACUCCUACUACUAAUAAGAAAUCAUGAUGAUCGCAUGUGGAUCUCGUGUGAUGCUGACAAGAAAGAGGCCAAGAUUGCUCGAGUUGAGAUGGCUGAUCAUCUUUACACUCACCGUCUUGCAAGGUAUACAGAGAGCCUGGUUUCACUCCCAGGAUUCAAACAGAUUAAGGACUGGAAUGGCCGCGAUGAUGAUGAUAAUUAA